UCUAUCGCAAUCCGCCAAACGGAAUCAAAAAAGCAAUCUGCCCCAAGAUGCUCGCCGCAAGCUUAGACUUCCUUGCAGCCCUCGCAGCCUUAUGCCUACACGCCUCCUUCCCGUCCCUCCAAUGGCGAAGAGAUAAGCAAGGAUCUUCCUCUCCACCACCCGACCGGAAAGACAAGCCUUUUGGGCCUCUGUCUCCCAUCGAAACAGAAUCGUCUAACGAGGGGCGCUGGAGUCAGAACUUCUCCCUUUCUUAAUUUUCUUCGUCGCGCUCGCUCCCAACAACGUUGAUCGGCGACCGAUUUAGCUUCUAGGGGUUUUGUUCCCGCUCUUGUCGUUGAGAUGACGCCGACGGAGGAAUUCAAUAGUUUGAUGAAUUGGAUGUUCUCGGAGGGUUUGUUGGACCAGCAAUUUCAACAACUCCAGAUGCUGCAGGAUGCCAGUAAUCCUGAUUUUGUUUCGGAGGUGAUCACCUUGUUCUGCAAAGAUUCCGAGAUCAUCUUGGCUGAGUUGACAAAAUUACUGAAUCAACCUGUUGUUGACUUUCAAAAGGUGGACGCUUAUGUUCACCAACUUAAAGGAAGUAGCUCGAGUGUUGGUGCGAAUAAUAUAAAAUUGGCCUGCAUCCACUUCCGUCAGUUCUACGAGGAGAAUAAUAAAGAAGGGUGUCUCAGUUCCUUGAACGCGAUGGAGCGUGAGUAUUUUCAUUUGAAGGACAAACUUGGGACCAUGUUGCAGCUUGAGCAGAGAAUCCAAGCUUAUGAGAGCAACAAACAUAAUUAGAGAGGAUGAAGGGAAUAUGUUUUAUCACUCUAGUUUAGCUUCCAUAAUCAACUUAUUGUUUAUGUGUUGACUCUGUUUCUGAUCUUCGUACAUUGUGUUUAAACAUGUAUUCAAGUGAAUUUGAAGCUUUAUCA